AUGUCAUCUGGUGCUGAUGGAUCAGGGCGUUCUGAUAAUGCGGAGGGAUGGACAGUGGUGAUGGGCAAUGAAGCGGGCGAUCUCGAUUCUCUCGCUAGUGCACUCGGAUAUGCUUGGUUGCGCUCCAACACGAGCGGAAAAGUGAUCGCAUACAUCACUACACCUGAAGAUGAUUUCGUCCUUAGAGCAGAGAAUUUGCAUGCCCUUGGUCUUGCUGGAAUCAACUACCCUUUUGAAGAGCUUUAUUGCUCUAGUGAUCUACGAGUGUCCCAGUUCGCACUUGUGGAUCACAACGACCUUCACACUAGAUACGCAUCUCCAACAGCCAGGGUUGUUGCAGUGAUAGAUUACCACGAGGAUGAAGGACAAUACAAGGACACAACCGAUCCCAGGAUAGUCGAACCGGCUGGAAGUUGCUCGUCUCUUGUUGCAAGAGUGUAUCAAUUGUCCCCCAAUCUUUUCAUACCCGCAGAACUGUCGACGCUCUUGCUGAGUGCUAUUUUGAUCGAUACCCAAGGCCUAAAAGAGGGAGGAAAAGCUCUGGAUAUCGACAGGGAGGCAGCUGCGUUUUUAAUUCCCCAGUCCCUUUUAGACACAAUGAACAAGUCUCCGCAUCAUCAGAUAAACAAUCAUCAAUUACCCCCUCCCUUCCAGAAGAAGCUAUCGGUAUCCCAUCUCAGCACGCGGGACUUGUUGUGGAGAGACUACAAGGAGGAAGGGAAGGCGGGAGCAACUUUGGAUAUCAAGGCGGAUGAAGGAAUCGCAGAGAAACUUUGGCAGGGCCUCGAAUCAAGCGAAGAGCUCAAGCUGAAGAGGCUUGAUUUCUCAAAGUUCGGCGCCAACGCGACUGAGGAAUCUGAGGACGAGGAUGCUGAAGAAGUCACGACUGAUGAAGCGCGGUUUGGGGAGUCAUAUGUUACAAAGGCAUACAAGCAGGGUAAUGCGAGCGCGACGAGGAAGCAGACUGCCCCCAUUCUCCGGAGACUUAUGGAAGGGUUAUGA